UUGAUAAACCUGUUGAACAUCCAGUCGUCCCCGACAAUACAGUGAUUCGACGUCUGGCAGCAGACGCAGCCACCACACUUUCUCAAUUGGUCAGCAGUGCAAACAGUCAUGGCCCGAAUAUCUCAAACAUUUCUCCUUCCCCCUCCUCGCCUUACUGUAUCGUUCCACCGUGCGCGUGGCCGUACACUCCGAACACCGCCAUCUCGUCUUCUGAUACACUGUUUGGUUCAGACGCUCUACAGAAAUCCCUAUCCUUACAUCCGAACAGCCUCGGUGUAUCAGUCACCGAUUCCUCGUCCCUGGAUGAAAUUUGGAAUCGUCACUGGAACUGUCUGUCCGAACCAUGGCUAGCUGCAGCUCAACAAAGUAUCGCCACAUUUUCUGUUAAUUCCAAGGACACCGGGUCCUCACCGGAUAAAAUCAGGUUGGUUUCAUAUGUGCACAGAGUUCAAUUUGAAAUAGCCUCUGCUUAA